AUGGAGAGGAACCGGAGGGUCGCCAAAGCCUACGCCCGGACACCAGUGCUAACUAUCAAUGGCUGUGACAGCGCUUUCGAUGGCUAUAGGAUUGGACUCAACGGCUUUGAUAAUCCGAUGAGAGACCCGAAGACCGACGAUAUUAAACGUCGGAUCGGUUUGGGAGUGAAGGUUAAGAUGGAUGAGUCCGGGAAUGUACUCAUCAAACGAGUGGACAAAACCAAUGUCUAUGUGAAGGUCCGGUUGCAAAUAGCCCUCGACUUCUCGAGUAUGGGCCUGCGCCGGAAACUGGAGGACCAGUGCAUCAGUUGUAUAGCUUUCGUAAAGGAUGCCAACGAUAUACUGGAUGUUCCCAUUUGGGUCAUGAUUAUCAAUAUUGUGGCACUCGAUAUGCUUAAGUCCAAACUCCCUCCCACAAUAUCUAAGCGACAAUCGGUUCCCAACUUUAUAUCGCUAUUUGAUGGCCAGAAGGGGUCGGAUGAGGACCCGUACUCUAUGCCGGGCAACAACUCGUCCUCAUCGGGGAGUCGAUCGUCCGGACACUACGCCAGCACUGGUUUGUUGGCCGUCAAGAAGUCGUCCCAAUCGGAGCCAAAACCGCCAAAACUUCCGCCGAGAGAUUUCGAGAAGAAUAGAGACAAAGCCAGAGACAAGAUCGAUCGUCCGGACACUACGCCAGCACUGGUUUAUUUCGAGAAGAAUAGAGACAAAGCCAGAGACAAGACCCGCGACGCCAACAAAAAGCAUAGCAAAAACAGUACCACUAAUACUAAUCCCAAAGCACACACUUUGGGACCCAAACCCGACUACCAGGAAGAAAAUAUAUACUCUUUGGGUCAACAAUCGAGACAAUUGGACGACCCGUAUUAUUGUGGAUUCAGCGCUCGAGUGCCCAACUUUGCCAAACGUCAGCCAAUGUCGCCGAAAGCACAACAGGCGAGCGCCGGUCAGUACGGCUACGGCUAUCACAUGCGAAAAGUGCCGUCGAGUGGGUUCUUGAACUCAUACCUCAAGACUAUACCAAAUCACUCGCGCUCUGCCUCUUACGGGUCUUUCUACGGGUCAUUAGAGUCAGACCCAUACACGGCGUCGAGUGGUGUGGGCGGCGGUCACACAACGGACGACACGGCGUACGACCCGACGUACGGCCGGAUCGGCGGACCAAACCUUAGCCGAAAUAUUUACGGCCAAAGCCAGAAGAGGAGCAGCGCAUCCAUGCCCUGGGCCUACAACUCACGGGAAGGCACUUACUAUGGAGAAUGGGAUGAAUGAAUGGGCUGUCAAUU